AUGGCGCCCUCCUCGACAACCGCCCAGCGGAUAGAGGAAGCUCGGGCUUUAGCGAAGAAGGACGCUUCCAAGGCCGAGACCAUCUACAAGGACAUCCUUUCUCAAGGACCAGGGUCGACGGAAGCUUCGUCGCGUGAUUAUGAAAGUGCUUUGGUCGGAUUGGGAGAGCUUUAUCGGGAUGAGAAGAAGCCGAAUGAGAUCGCUGAGCUCAUUAAGACUAGCCGCGACUCUUUCUCAUCAUUCGCGAAAGCUAAGACAGCAAAGCUUGUCCGCCAGCUACUGGACCUGUUCAGUGAGAUCCCUAAUACACUCGAUAUUCAAACCGCCGUCAUCAAAUCCUGCAUCGACUGGGCUAUCGCAGAGCGGAGAUCCUUCCUUCGACAGAACCUUCAGACCCGUCUUGUGGCCAUUUACAUGCAGAAGCAAUCCUACUAUGAUGCCCUUAACCUGAUCAACUCCCUCCUACGCGAGCUGAAGCGAUUGGAUGAUAAACUUAUGCUGGUCGAGGUGCAGCUGUUAGAGUCUCGGGUGUAUCAUGCUUUGGGCAACCAGGCCAAGGGCCGCGCUGCCUUGACAGCUUCUCGCACAUCAGCCGCUUCCGUCUACACCCCUCCGAAUCUGCAAGCCGGCUUGGAUAUGCAAAGUGGUAUGCUCCACGCGGAGGACAAGGACUUUACCACCGCCUUCUCUUAUUUCAUUGAAGCUUUGGAGGGAUACAGCUCGCUCGACGAAAGCGACAAAGCCACAGCCGCUCUCCAAUACAUGUUGCUUUGUAAGAUUAUGCUGAACCUGGGUGAUGAUGUGACGCAUUUGCUCGGGUCCAAGCAGGCCCAGAAGUAUGCUAGCCCGCGUCUCGAGGCCAUGAAGGCAGUGGCCCGCGCUCACGCCAACCGAUCCCUUGAAGAAUAUGAAAAGGCUCUCUCGGACUACCGCUUCGAGCUGGGCAGCGAUGUAUUUAUUCGGAAUCACCUCCGCCGACUGUAUGAUGCCAUGUUGGAGCAGAAUCUGAUUAAGGUCAUUGAGCCCUUCAGCCGGGUUGAGCUGGACCAUAUCGCCAAGAUGGUAGGGCUCGACACCCCGCAGGUGGAGCGGAAGCUCUCGCAGAUGAUCCUGGAUAAGGUAAUCAUCGGUGUGUUAGAUCAAGGCUCUGGGUGCUUGAUUGUAUUCGACGAGACGGAGCGCGAUCAGGCAUAUGACGCUGCUCUGGAGACUAUCGAGAAGUUGAGCAACGUGGUGGAAGAGUUGUACACUAAUCAGGCAUCCCAGCUGGAUUUAAGACAUCUUCAGUACCAUCAGAGACCACUAGUCAUGAAUGCCCCAAUGCCGCCCACGUACGGGCGUGGGUUCCCGCAGGCCGCCCAACGGUCUCCUGCCACGCCUCGUCGCGGACCCCAAGGACCAGCAAUGGCCGUACCCAUGCCACAGCACCCCGUUCCCGCUCAGUACAUCCCCGCCCAGCGCAACAUGCCACACCCCAAUGAUGCUGCUCUUCGCCGGACCCGCAAGCCCACCGACAAGAACAUCCCCGACGGCAUCGAAGAUGUGGUGAUCGGGGAAGGCGUACAGCAGUACAAGGACCUGCGCGAUUUAGAGAAGAGACUGGACGCCGCCAUCGUCCGAAAGAGGCUGGACAUUCAGGAUUCGAUCAGCAAGACCGUCAAAAAGUACCGGACGAUGCGCAUUUGGAUUACGAACACAGUCGAGAACCAACCGUGGCAAGGUGCGACUGGCCAGAACGGGUCAGCGACUAACCCCGGCUCGGGGCGUUACAAGGUGCGCAUCGAGGGACGACUGCUGGAUGAUGAUACCGAUCCUACGGCCCCCGAGGAUAGCGACAACGAGGGCAACGAGACGCAGGCGAAUGGAGACGCCAUGGAUCACGACGGGAAGGAGACCAAGAAGAACGCCCCGAAGCGGUCAAAGCAGCGCUUUUCGCACUUUUUCAAAACGGUCACGGUCGACUUCGACAAAUCUUCAACCGCGAACCCGGAGGAGAUUAAGACUGUUAACUGGACUAAGCCCCAGCUUCCGGCUAAUACUGUAACGCUGCCCCCGACUGCCGAUUUUGACUCUCUGCAGUUCUCUCGAGCUUCCCAGGAGAACUUGAAUGUUACCGUGAGCCUUGUCAGAGAUGAGACUCCCGAGCGGUAUAAGCUGAGCAAGGAGCUGGCGGAGGUGCUCGAUGUCGAGGAGGAAACGCGCAGUGGAAUCGUGCUUGGGAUUUGGGAUUAUAUUCGCGCGAUGGGUCUACAGGAAGACGAGGAGAAGCGUUUGGUCCGUUGUGAUCAUCGUUUGCGAUCUAUCUUCGGCCGAGACCAGAUGUUCUUCCCACAGAUCCCAGAGAGCAUCGGCCCUCACACCAGUCCCCUUGACCCGAUCAAGCUUCCAUACACCAUUCGUGUCGAUGAAGAUUUCCACAAAGACCCCACCCCCACCGUCUACGACAUCCAAGUGGCCGUGGAAGACCCGCUCCGCGCUAAGAUGCUUGCUCUGACCCAGAACCCACAGUACACCGCCGGGCUGCGACAGAUUUCCACUCUGGACGACCAGGUGUCUCUCAUCGUCCAGGCACUGACACACUCGCGUGCCAAACACUCCUUCUACACGGCGCUGAGCAAAGACCCCGCCACGUUCCUUCGCCGCUGGGUCAACUCGCAGCGCAGGGACCUCGAGACCAUCCUGGGCGAGGCGACGCGCGGUGGCGGCGAAGAUGCCACGGGACCCGAGUUCCGCCGCGGAGGCGCCGAUGGCGCUUGGGACUCGCCGGUGGCCCGCGAAGCGGUGCGGUACAUGCUCGCGAAGCCGGAGGCCAUGCUGCGGUGA